AUGAUCAUGUUUAGAACAGCAAGUCUCCUAUUUGUUGUUCACACAGUUUCUCUUGUUUUUCUUCCGCUUUCAAGUCGUUCGCAAACAUCCGGGGCUACUUCAGAAUGUACUCCUUCUUGUGGCAACAUUAAGAUAAGCUCUCCAUUUCGUUUACAAGGAGAUCCUCGACACUGCGGCAACAAGAGCUAUGAGUUAUCUUGUGAGGCAGACGGUACCGGUCAAUCUCAUCAGGCCAUAUUAUACUUGUAUAAAGGAAAAUAUUACGUACAGGCAAUCAAUUACAAUAACUACACGAUCCGACUCGUGGAUGCUGGUGUUCACAAGACCAAGGACAACUACUUCUCCAACCCAGUUUACCCUUUAACUGCCUUCAACUUUAGUUCUUAUUAUUUCAAUUAUUAUGAUCCCUACACCUUAUCCUACCCAUAUUUUGCGUCGCCGGAUGCAUCAUAUGGGGAUGAUCAGCACAUAACAGUGCCUCUAAUUUUCCUGAGCUGCACAAAUCAAAUGAAUUAUUCCGAUCUCUUUGUUGAAACAGCUCCAUGCAUCAAGAAUACCGGCAUCCACUCUUCCUCUGAUUCUUCCCUGUCCAUAGUGUAUUCUUAUUUCAUGCUUGGGCGCUUGGAUGAUGAUGGCUACCCAGAAGAUUUGAGUCCGGCUGAAUGGGGGUUGUCCUGCAAAAUAACACUCAUGGCUCUUGUGUCCCCCCCUCCCACUCCCACUGACAAGUACAACAAGUCGUGUCAAGGCAUAUAUAAACAACUAGCAUAUGGCUUUCAACUCUCCUGGAUUGGCUACGGAUGUGCAAAUAAAAUAUGCGGACAACAUGAAAGCUGUGCGCUCAACUUAAACAUGACCGGAUUAGAGUGCCGCAAUUACUCUGAUAGUUGGUUCACGAUUAUCAUCGACUACAUCUCCAUGAUCAUCACAUUAAUCCCACGCUACAUCCUAUACUACGCUAUCGAAGUGCCAUUUGGCCUGCGUAUUCGUAUCGGUAUUCGUAUCGGUAUCUACAAGGUUUACCAGCAGCUUCUGGUCUCUGUGGUCGUUUACAGCGGAGUGUUCCAAGCAGUGAAACUAUCAUUUGGCCUUCCCUUUAUAGCUGCAUUACUAAUAUACAAAUGGCGAAGAAGGCACUUCUCAAUGUAUGACAAUAUAGAAGAGUUUCUGCAGAGUAACAAUAAUCUCAUGCCAGUAAGGUACUCUUACUCGGACAUCAAAAAGAUGGCUAAUGGUUUCAAGGACAAAUUGGGUGAAGGAGGCUUUGGCAUCGUGUACAAGGCAAAACUCCGCAGUGGUCGCCUUGUGGCCAUCAAGAUUUUGAGUAAGUCCAAAACUAAUGGGCAAGAUUUUAUCAAUGAGGUUGCUACUAUAGGAAGGAUUCACCAUGUUAACGUGGUGCGACUUAUCGGCUUUUGUGUUGACCGUUCAAACCGUGCACUUGUUUAUGAUUUCAUGUCAAAUGGCUCUCUUGAAAAGUACAUUUUUUCCCAGCAAGGUGCUAUCUCCUUGAGCUGUGAGAAAAUAUUUGAGAUUGCGGUUGGAGUGGCUCGUGGAAUUCAAUAUCUCCAUCAAGGAUGUGACAUGCGAAUUCUGCAUUUUGACCUCAAGCCUCACAACAUUCUUCUUGACGAGAAUUUUACUGCCAAGGUUUCUGAUUUUGGAUUAGCAAGGCUAUACCCAUUGGAUAACAGCAUUGUGUCUUUGACUGCAGCAAGAGGAACCAUAGGAUACAUGGCUCCAGAGUUAUUCUACAAAAACAUUGGAGGUGUAUCAUACAAAGCGGAUGUAUAUAGUUUUGGAAUGUUAAUGUUGGAAAUGGCUGGUAGAAGGAAGAACUUGAAUGCAGCCAUAGAUCAUUCAAGCAAAUUUAGCCAAAUGUACUUUCCUACAUGGGUUUCUGAUCAAUUGAAUCAAGGGAAGGAGAUCGAAAUAGGAGAUGCCACUGAAGAUGUAAUGAAAAUCAUAAAGAAGAUGAUCAUAGUGGCAUUGUGGUGCAUACAAAUGAAGCCUAUUGAACGCCCUUCAAUGAGCAAAGUAGUAGAAAUGCUUGAAGGAGAAAUUGAGAGCCUCCAAAUACCUCCAAAGCCUUUCUUAUAUCCACAGCAAAUACCAGAAGAUGAUGUUGAGGACAAUUUAAGUACUACAUGUGCAUCAAGAAUGACAGAAUCUACAGAGAUCAUCAAUUUGAUUGCAGAUGGAAAUUAAGUGAUUUUGUAUAUGUCAAUAUGUGAUGUUAGGGCCAUGAAAUUUCUCUAUAAAUUUGAUAGCUUAAAAACAUUGUAAGUUUGAAUUAAUGUACGAAUACAAUUAAACUUGCUUUUGA